GCAGUAACAGGUCUGGACCUGAACUUCCGCAUAAAGCAGGAAGAAACAGUCAGAGAGCCCAAAUGCAAUCCACAUCAGCACACCCAGAUCUACGUGCAUGUGGCCGUCAUCUUUGGCUUGUUAAGCUUUUUUCUUGAGAGAGCGAUAAUUCAGAGGGGAGCAAAUGUCCAUGCGGCUUUUAUAUUGAAACUAACUGAUGAAUUGAGGAUUAUUACAUUUGAAAAGAUGGAUGAUAUUGAUGCCAUGUUUAGUGACCUGCUGGGGGAAAUGGACCUCCUUACGCAGAGUCUUGGACAGGAAACAGUCCCUCCUAAACCACUCCCCAGCGCUGAGCAAGAAAUCAACCUCUCCAUCGGCUUCAAUGACUUGAAUGCGUCCCUAAACGAACUAGAAGACAAUGACUUGGACGCCCUCAUGGCCGACCUGGUGGCCGACCUCAAUGCAACAGAAGAGAAACUGGCAGCAGAAAUACAAGGUCUGGAUGUGCCACCAUCAUCUUCAUCAGACCAACCGCCUCCACCUAAAGGGCUUAGCUUCCAGCCUGCCUCCUCCAUUACAUCAUCAUCAACUUCUCCUGGAAAUAACAACACCAGCAGCAGCGUGACCACCCCAUCUUCUUCCAACACCUCGCCUCUGCCGCCUCCUCCUCCUCAGUCAGCAAAGCCCACAAUGGAAGAAAUAGAAGCUCAGAUGAAGGCGGAUAAAAUCAAGCUUGCCCUGGAGAAGCUUAAGGAGGCCAAAGUUAAAAAGUUGGUGGUGAAGGUGCUGAUGAACGAUGGCAGCUCCAAGACUCUGAUGGUUGACGAGAGACAGACAGUCAGGGAGGUUCUGGACAACUUGUUUGAGAAGACGCAUUGUGACGGCAAUGUAGACUGGAGUCUGUGCGAGACGAACCACGAGCUGCAGCUAGAACGGACGUUUGAGGACCAUGAGAACCUGGUGGAGCCCCUCCUUGCAUGGACAAGGGACAGCGAAAACAAAGUCCUCUUCCAGGAGAGAAAAGAUAAAUUUGAGGUUUUUAAAAACCCACAGAACUUUUAUCUUUGGAAAAAGGAUAAGAAAACACUCAAGGAUAUGAAAGACAAAGACAAGGAAUUGUUGGUACAGGAGAACUUCUGUGGUUCAUCUAUCAUUGUUCCCGACCUGGAAGGGGUGCUGUUCCUGAAAGAAGAUGGGAAGAAGUCUUGGAAGCAGCGGCUCUUUCAGCUACGAGCCUCAGGAAUUUAUUACGUCCCCAAAGGAAAAACUAAGUCAUCCCGGGAUCUCGUCUGCUAUGUCCAGUUUGACAACGUAAAUGUUUACUACGGAAAAGACGUCAAAAACAGAUACAAGGCCCCGACCGACUUUUGCUUCGUUCUAAAGCAUCCUCAGAUCCAGAAAGAGUCUCAGUACAUCAAAUAUCUCUGCUGUGAUGACGCUUGGACCAUGAACCUGUGGGUGACCGGGAUUAGGAUCGCUAAGUACGGUGCAUCCCUGUACGAGAACUUCAAAACAGCAGAGAGGAAGGCUGCUGUUAGCUCUGCUAUAUGGACAAACCGCAGCACUCCAUCCAGCUCUGGCCCGUCGACACCAACACCAACUAUCAAAGCCAAAGCACCAACUCAAGCAAACGGCCACGCUCCAAAACCACAAGCAGGACCUCCUCAUCUGGACACUGAUAAUCUCCCACCUCCACCUCCACCACUGAACGAGAUCCUCCCUCCACCUCCCCCUGACCCUGUCCUUCCUCCUCCUCCACCGUCGCUGACCUCCAAGCCCUCGCCACAUCAGCAGAGGUCCAACAACUUCCCUCCACCCCCUCCUUCCAUGGACAGCCUCCCUCCUCCUCCUCCGCCUCCACCCAUGGACAACUCUGAGGAUCCUCCAGACUUCCUUCCUCCACCUCCUCCUCCUACCAGCUACAGUUCAAUGCCGCCUCCUCCUCCUCCUUCACAUCCAGCUAGUUUUGGUGGAAAUGCUACCCGAUCCCUUCCUCAUCCAUCCCCGGAACCAGAAUUUCUACCACCGCCUCCACCUGACCCGGUGGUUUUAGCACCAGGAGCUCCUCCACCACCUCCACCUCCUCCUCCUCCUCCAGUUGCGACUCCACGAGCUGCUGCACAGCCCAGAAAAAUGCCUCCAGCUCCUCCAAAGAGAACUACACCAACGCUGACAGGUGGAGGCGGUGGAGGAGGAGGCGGUGGGGACUUCAUGUCAGAACUGAUGUCAGCUAUGAAGAAGCGUACUGAUAAUUAGCUUCAGCAGAAAACGGGGAAAUAAAAUCCUUUAUUCCAUAUAACCGUCUCUGGAGAGAAUCAUCCAUUCACUGUACUUUUCCUGAACAUUAUCUUAAUAAUCAUUUGAAGUAAAUCUAUAAAGGCUCCCUGUGUGUUUUAAUAGAGACCAGUGUAAUCUUAAAGCUGUAACACGCUUUACAGACACUCUUAUGUAAAGACAUGUAUAUAAGUUUGAAUUACAGCACUGUAAAUAUUAAAGAGUGACAUGAGAGGUUAUAUUGUUACAGUCACGGCCAAAGGCUUUGGACUCUUUGAAACAAGUGUGUUUUACAAACUUUGCAAUGUUUGUUUUGGUGUUGACAGUUCCCUGCUUUUACAUUUGCAAAGGGAAGAAAUGCAUCCAAUGAUUUACUGCA